GAUGCUGAUUCUGUCUCUCCCUCCCAGAUGACACGGCGUAAAUCCUCCUCCUCCUCCUCCUCCUCCUCCUGCUGCUGCUGCUGGAUUUUUCUUUCUCUAUAAUCACAAUGGCCUCCUCCAGCCACCCCAGCCUCCCUCACCCCCUUGGCCACCCCCACCACCCUCCUCCUUCCUCAUCGGCUGCAUCAACCUUGCACAGAUGGGACAAAUUACCUGUGGCAGGCCUAUAGUGAGGUCCAAGGUUCCUGCAUUGUGCAAUGUUCACCUCCAGAAAGCGCAUCGCGCCCUGAAGAAGGCAGGUCUUCCUAUCCCCUCAUCUAGUAAGCUUGCUCCCAAAUUCCAUGUUAUAGUUGCAGAAUAUGUGCAACAAAUUCAAGCAAAAAGAAGAGCUGCAUUGAGGGCAAAUGGAAAUAGUGUUGUGGUUAAGCAAGAAAGCUGUAACUGAGAGCCUCGCUAUUCAUAAUUACAGACUUGAUCCAGCCCAUAUGAGUGAAGAAGAGUUGAGUGAUGCAAGAAGCAGACAUGAGGAACUUUUGACAUCUAAUGAAAAAAAGAUGAAGGUUUUUGGUUCCAAAGGGGAAUAAUGCUAGGAAAUAUAGGAUUUGGCUUACUGAAGGUACCUCAAGAGUCUCUUGCUUUCAUCAUUUGGCUAUCCCUUUAUGUCAGGAGCUGAGGUGGUCAUACCAUUAACGUAGAACUAAUUUCUGGUUUCAACAAGACAUUGACAAGUGGGCUGUGCUAGGACAAUGAAGAUCCCUUCAUGCAGUUGAGAUGUGUACUUGCUUGGCUAGUUACUCUAUUUGCGUUUUUGCCACAAAGUGGGGUUUGUGCUUCUAAAGUCUGGGUUUGAAUUGCGUCUUCUAUAUCUUGCCUACCCAAUAUUGGAAAAUAGGUCCAACCUAACAUGAAUCACUUUAGGAAGUUCAACAAGUGGAGCCUUCAGGAUGAAACUCUACAAGAAUUUGAUUCUUUUUGAAGAGAUUCAAUUUUUAUACAAGACCAAAUGUGGACUAUCUGCAGAUGAGCCCUAGUUCAACUGUGUCCACUGACCUGUAAACCCUCAAGGUAACAUGAAAGUGAAGAAAUGCUAUGGGUUUAUUAUUUGGUUGCAAACUCAGCCUCUGCUGAGAAUGAAAGUGUCAUCAAUAUCUUACAAUUCAUGAUACGAUACUUUUUAGAGGUAGAUCGAUAUUGUUAUCAAUACGUAUAUUAAAUUAAAUGUAUCUUACGAUACAUAUACGAUAUAUAUAUACGACGCAUGAUACAAAUAAAAUUUCGGUAGCAAUUUUGGAAAAUAGUUUUACUUAAUUUAUGUAAAUUAAUAUUGUCGGAAAUAUUUAUUAACUUAAUAAAA